AUGACGCACAUCUGUAUCAUCGGUGCUAACGUGAUCGCAACCGUUUUGGCUUCAAGGCAGAGCGCGGUGUUCUCCCCAGGCAAGUACAAGGAGAGCAUCUUCCAGAAGUUCGGCCGCAGUUCGAGCGCCCUCGCGGACCGCUUCACUGCCGUGGCCGACGACGUGGACAUGGGCGACGAGGAGAUGUCGCUGAACGACGAGGCCUCGAAGGCGCACGCUGCCGCGCAGAGGCUGGUGGCCAGGAACAACGAUCGCCUCGGGAAAAAGUACGACGAGCUAUGCGUCGUGAAGACCAUUGUUGAUGAGAUAGAGCGGGGCGGCGCCCGCGUCCACGAUCUCUUCCCCCUCCGCGCGUUCAUGGCCGUCUUCGGGGGCCCGAAGAGCCCGUGGCGUGCGCAUGACGGGCAGGCGUACAGGUACCACAAUGGAGCUUGGAAGCACGCCGCCGCGAUGAACGUGCAGCAGGCGCUGCGCAUGGAGAAGGCAGUGAACCAGGCGGGCGCGAUCCUUCUCCGCAUGAGCAAGGACAAGAACGUGAGGCGACCGUCGUGGGACGAGGGGUGGCCCCUUGACUACGCGGGCCCGGCCGCAGCGGCGCAGGCGGAUGGGGGUGAUGACCCAGAUGAGAGCUUCUCCAUCGCGCGCAAGAUGCUCCGCGAAACGCUGGCAAGGUUUCAGACCACUGGGAACAACAACAUCCUCAAGACCUUCUGCAAGUGGUGCGACCAGCAGAAACGGGCGGAGCCUCGCCUAGCGUUCAAGGACGCGUGCCUGAAGAUCGAGCCUGGCAAGGCAGCUGAGAAGAUGGGCAAGAGCCCCGAGGUCAAUUGCUACGCGUACAUCGACUUAUCCAUCAAGUUCAAGCCUCUUGCGGCUGACGUGGAAAGGUACGACCUGAUGAUGGCCACCCUCUACGGCGAUGACGCGGAGUCCAAGGAGAUCGAGGGCGUCGGCGAGGCGGUG